AGCUCCCUUUUUCCCAUGCCAGUCCUCCGCUCCGUGCUCUCCCUCCCUCCCUCUCCCUCUCUCUCUCUCUCUCUCCCUCCCUCUGUCUCUGAGAUCGCGUCGCCGCUCGAAGAAGAUCGAGGGCGGGCAAGAUGCUGCAGUGCAUCUUUCUACUGUCAGAUUCUGGGUAGUUUAGAUGUUUGGAUUAAUGCCGACGCGAAAACAAACAGGGAGGUGAUACUAGAGAAACAGAUGACGGGGCACAGGGUGGACCGCUCCAUCUGCGCUUGGUUCUGGGACUACGUCCUCUCCCAAGGCGGCGAUUCCUCCAAGAUCUUGCCGGUGAUUGCCUCGCCGACUCAUUACCUCUUCCAAAUCUUUCGCGAGGGGAUCACCUUCCUGGCGUGCGCGCAGGUCGAGAUGCCUCCGCUCAUGGGCAUCGAGUUCCUCUGUAGAGUUGCAGAUGUUCUGACCGAUUAUCUUGGAGGAUUAAAUGAAGACUUGAUAAAGGAUAAUUUCAUAAUUGUAUAUGAGCUUUUGGAUGAAAUGAUGGACAAUGGUUUUCCUCUGACAACAGAACCAAGCAUCUUGAGGGAGAUGAUAGCUCCACCAAAUAUUGUUAGCAAGAUGUUGAGUGUUGUGACUGGUAAAAGUUCCAAUGUGAGCAAUACACUUCCAGAUGCAACAUCAUCUUUUAUUCCCUGGAGAAAAUCUGAUAUGAAGAAUGCAAGCAAUGAAGUUUAUGUCAACCUCGUUGAAGAAAUGGAUGCAGUUGUGAACAGAGAAGGGGUUUUGGUGAAGUGUGAAAUCUAUGGUGAAAUUCAAGUAAACUCAAACCUUCCCGGUCUUCCUGAUUUGACUCUGUCAUUUGCAAAUCCUACCAUCCUGAAUGAUGUGAGAUUCCAUCCUUGUGUUCGAUUUCGGCCUUGGGAAUCAGAUCAAAUUCUGUCAUUUGUGCCUCCUGAUGGGCAGUUUAAGCUUAUGAGUUACAGGGUUAAAAAGCUGAAGAGCACACCAAUAUAUGUGAAGCCACAGCUAACUUCAGAUGCUGGAAAUUGUCGCAUUAAUGUUUUAGUUGGAAUACGCAAUGAUCCUGGAAAAACAAUCGAUUCAAUAACAGUACAGUUUCAACUGCCAUUAUGUGUUGCCUCAGCAGACUUAGCCUCAAAUCAUGGCACAGUAGACAUCCUCGCUGAUAAGACAUGCAAUUGGUCAAUUGGACGAAUUCCAAAAGAUAAAUCCCCAUCUCUCUCAGGUAAUCUAGUUCUUGAGGGAGGGUUAGAUCGUUUGCAUGUAUUUCCUGUUCUCAAAGUUGGAUUCAAAAUCAUGGGGGUUGCACUCUCAGGCUUGCAAAUAGAUAAAUUAGAUAUCAAAAAUACGCCAGCUCGUCCAUACAAAGGUUUCCGAGCCCUCACUCAAGCUGGGGAGUAUGAAGUGAGGUCCUAAUAGGCACUCAUCUUAGUGCAUGCAUGAGCUGUAUUUUUGAUAUUGGAAUAUCAAAUUCCAAGGCAGUUGAUAGCAGCUUUCCCUGCUGCUUUAUUCAUCAGCUACAUUAUGUGAAGCUCUCAGGUCUUCUGCUAAAUGUAUCUUGUCGUAUAUUAAUAGAAGAGUUUCCAACAAUAUCCACUCGAGCCUUAUAUGCUAUGAAUAUGUUGGCAUCCAAUGCUGCUUAUGUUUCGCAAAAUUCAAUUGAUUAUCCAGAGCAAUUAUUCAUAACUAGGCUGAUGUGCAUGCCUCUUUAUUCUGCUAUCUGUGAUUGAAGUGGCAAAGAUCUCUUGGUUCCUUUGGCAGGGUUGAGUUCUUUCUGACCAUCUUUGGUUUUAGUUGUUGCACAAUAAGUUCUCGAGGUUUUUAUUCCUGUUUGAUGUCACUUAUUACAGUGCAGAUCCAUUUGAUGGAAAUGAUUUAUCUAUUGCAUGAAGACAUCUUGUGCUUCAAGUUGGAGACAGUGCUUGGAAUCGGUUGUGUUAUAAGAGAAUGUUAAUUUUAGUACUGGGUAAUGUACUUUGCUUGUGUUUGGAAUGAUGUAUUUAUGAAAUAAUAUCUUUUCUGCUUCCUUUGUAGUUUAUAUAAAGGGUCAGAAAUAAGAGAUUUCAGGUCUUUAUCAUGUUUA